ACUAAUGUAGCUAGAAGGCUACAAUUCAAUCCAAUCCUCUAAUAAUUUUGUCGUUGAGACUUUGAUCAACCAACCGGAGAAAUCUGAUUCUGCUGGACCAUGCCUUAUCUUGCCAGACGGCGAAUCCACCGGAAAUUGCAUGUUCUUUGCCGGCAGUCUCUGUUUUCUACUGCGACGCCGGCUACUAAGGACCUCAACGAGACUCGAAAAAUUGAGAAGAUCCUUAUAGCUAAUCGAGGCGAAAUAGCUUGUAGAAUUAUUAGGACUGCCAAAAGACUAGGGAUUCGUACUGUCUCUGUCUACAGCGACGCCGAUAGGUAUAAUCUGCACGUGAAAUCCGCCGACGAGGCCGUUCGCAUAGGCCCUCCUCCUGCGCGCCUAAGCUACUUAAACGCUUCAUCAAUUAUUGAAGCAGCAGCUCGUACUGGAGCUCAGGCUAUCCACCCAGGCUAUGGUUUCAUAUCAGAAAGUGCUGAUUUUGCUCAAAUGUGUGAAGAUGAAGGCUUUAUCUUCAUUGGUCCUCCGGCAUCUGCAAUCCGUGAUAUGGGUGACAAGAGUGCUUCAAAAAGAAUAAUGGAAGCAGCUGGGGUGCCACUUGUACCUGGAUAUCACGGUGAAAAACAAGAUAUUGACUUAAUGAGAUUAGAAGCAGAGAAAAUAGGGUAUCCUAUUAUGAUUAAGCCAACCCAUGGCGGUGGAGGGAAGGGAAUGAGAGUUGUUCAUAGUCCAAGUGAGUUUGUCGAUUCAUUUUUGGGGGCACAACGGGAGGCUGCUGCAUCUUUUGGCAUAAACACGAUCUUGCUAGAAAAAUAUAUUACAAAACCAAGACAUAUUGAAGUCCAGAUAUUUGGUGACAAACAUGGUAAUGUUAUCCAUCUCCAUGAGAGGGAUUGCAGUGUCCAAAGAAGACAUCAGAAAAUAAUUGAGGAAGCUCCUGCUCCAAAUAUUGAUAGUGAGUUCCGAUCCCAUUUGGGUCAAUCUGCUGUAUCUGCAGCCAAGGCAGUUAAUUACUACAGUGCUGGUACUGUGGAAUUUAUUGUUGAUACUGUUUCAGGAGAGUUUUAUUUUAUGGAGAUGAACACCCGUCUUCAGGUUGAACAUCCUGUAACUGAGAUGAUUGUAGGUCAAGAUCUUGUGGAGUGGCAAGUACGUAUUGCAAGUGGAGAGUCUCUUCCUUUAAAGCAACCACAAGUUCCCUUAUCAGGUCAUGCUUUUGAAGCCCGGAUAUAUGCUGAAAAUGUUCCGAAAGGGUUUCUUCCUGCUACCGGUGUUCUUCAUCAUUAUAGUCCUGUUGCUGUUUCAUCAUCAGUUAGAGUUGAAACUGGAGUUGAGGAAGGGGACACUGUAAGCAUGCAUUAUGACCCCAUGAUUGCAAAGCUCGUAGUGUGGGGAGAGAACCGCUCUGCGGCAUUAAUAAAACUUAAGGACUCCUUGUCAAAGUUUCAGGUUGCAGGUUUGCCAACCAACAUAGAUUUCCUCUCUAAAGUUGUCCACCAUUAUGCUUUUCAAAAUGGUGAAUUAGAAACACAUUUCAUUGAGCGGUAUAAAGAUGAUCUAUUAAGCAGUGCUAGCAGUUUAGGAACUGCACAAGAGGCAUAUCAUGUUAUGAGACAUGGUGCAUCAAUUGCUGUUGCUUGCAUUUGCAAAAUGGAGCUUGAAGCAUCAAGGAACAGUGCCCCUGAAAGCAUGUUUCUGUGGUAUGUUGAUCCUCCUUUUAGAGUUGGCCAUUUGGCCCGUCGAAUAAUGCAACUUGAAUUUGUUGAUGAGCAUAGCAGUACUGGUUCAAAAAGUUUAAAUGUCUGUUUGACCUACUUGGCUGAAGGAAAAUUCCUAGUUGAGACAGGAGAAAGCACUUGCCCCAGUUUGGAGGUCGAAGUACAACAUUUAAGCAAUGCUAAUUAUAGUGUAGAUGUUGGUGGUGUAAAACUAAACGCGCGCCUUGCUGUCUAUUCCAAAGACCAUUCUAAGCACAUCCACAUUUGGCAUGGUCCAUACCAUCAUCACUUCAAACAAAGUAUACGCCUUGAACUUGUUGAUGAUGAUGAACUGAACCACAAACCUUUCAUUGAGUCUGCAUCUCAUCCUCCUGGGACUGUAGUCGCCCCAAUGGCUGGUCUAGUGGUUAAAGUUUUGGUGAAGGAUGGGGAAGAAGUUCAGCAAAGCCAACCAAUAUUGGUAUUAGAAGCAAUGAAGAUGGAGCAUGUGGUGAAAGCUCCAAUUGCUGGACAUGUCAGUGGCCUUAAGGUUGAAGUGGGACAGCAGAUUUAUGAUGGUGCUGCUCUCUUUAAUAUCAAGAGUUCAUAGAUCUAUCCGUAUCCGUUGAAGACAAUCUCAUCAUGGCUGAACCCAAAACUGGUUGCAUAAGAUAUGUAUGUCUUGACCUCCACUUGCAACUCGAAACUACUUAGACACAGCCAUGUAAUACACAUAUUAGGGGUGUCCUGAAUCCCUAUAUAGGUACGUGUAAAAUGUUGAGAGACCAUUUCCAGUGGUUGGAAACUUGAUAUCUCAUUUCCUCACCACCUCAGGAGGUCAAAGAUGAAAAGCAAAUUGAAAAUUUUCAAUAAAUACAUUUGGUGUUAGCCCUUUCUUGACCCAAUCUCUCCUGCAUCCAUAACUUUUGUUUUGAAACACUGAUGAUGUAUUUGGAGGGGAUGCUUUGGGAUAUUGAGCGAGUUCGGGUAUGGCUUCAGAGCGCUGCACCUCAUGUUCAAAGAUGUUCUUAAUAGUGUGACUCAAUGACGGGUUUUCUUAAUCACAAAUCAAAAUUUUCAAUUGAU